CUUUCUUUAACUUGACCUCAAUCUCACCAUACUCCUUUCCAUCCCGUUCAUCCUGUGCACGACUCUCUUGCCGUGAUGGAUCGCCAUUCAUUAUCGAGCAGCGGUGCUCGCAUCGGCGAAAAGUCACCGCUGCUUCGAGAUGAAGAAAGCAGUGCACCACCCCUGACUCCCCGCUGCCCUUCUUGCGGCCGUCACCGGAAGCAACCAUUCCACUGGCCUUUCUUCGGUGUGUUCAUGGUCUUUUUCGUGAUAUGGCUUGGUUUUACCGGCUUUUUGACGAAGAAUGCUUUGCGGACGGGUCCUGGGCUCAGCCUCUGGUCCGGGAGCUGGCCUUUCUCGGUCAAUGUGAACAAGGAGGACCCAGAACUGAGUGGAGCUGAUGUCUGCCUCACUCCCGCAUGUGUCCAUGCCUCCUCCGAACUGCUUUACAACUUGUCGCCCGAGUACAAAACCCUCGACCCGUGCACCGACUUCGAGGAGCUCGUUUGCGGAGGAUGGCGGGACCGUCACGAUCUCCGUCCAGACCAAGGCGACGCCUUUACCGGCACCAUCAUGGCAGAGAACUCUCAGAUGCUUCUCCGCCAUAUUCUCGAAGCUCCAUAUCCCGGAUUGUCGGCGCAUUCCUACUUCUCCCCCGCCGCACUAGACGGUGCCACUGGCUCAGUUGACAAGGAGAAUUUCGACAAGCUCAAGGCUGCCUAUGACGCUUGCUUGGACGAAGACACCAUCAAGAAACUUGGGGUGGCCCCAUUGGUCGAGAUAGUCAACACCACCUCGAACCAUUUCUCGUCUGGCGACCUGUCUUCCACCAUCUCAUUUAUGCUCGAGACCGGGAUGUCGACUUUGAUAUCUGCUGACACCGGUGCCGACGACAAAGAUCCAGACACGGUGGUCGUCUCUAUCUCGGCCCCGUGGAGUGUCGGUCUACCGGCGAAGGAAAUGUACGAAGACGAAAAUCUCGUGAAGAAGUACGAAGAUACGGCCUCGAAAGUCCUCUCAGCUCUCCAUGAGCAAGCCGCGGCGGAUGCAGUGGAUGCUCGCGCUUUGGUGGAGUUUGAGAAACAGCUUGCGAAGGCUUCGCCCAGUGCUGAAGACCGCAACGACGUUACAAAAUACUACAACCCCAUGUCGCUGGCCGAUGCAGAUGCUCUGACUCCACAACUGAAGCUGUCAGAUAUCCUCGACAGCCUCGUACCGGCGGACUACAAAUUGGAGAGAGUCAUAGUCAUGGCUCCACAAUAUAUGAAGGAUCUCAGUAAACUGCUUGCAGAAACUCCAAAGAAGACCCUGCACUCGUUCUUCAUCUGGAAGGCAAUCCAGUCAUACGCUAGCUUCAUUGAGGCCGAUGCUGUUGUUCCACUCAAACAGUUCUCGAACGAGUUAGUGGGCAAGGAUCCAGAUACAAAGCCAGAACGGUGGAGGACGUGCGUCUCCCACGUCGACUUUGGAGUGGGCUGGAUCUUGAGCCGCUUCUUCGUCGAGAAAGCCUUCUCCGCCAAGGCAAAAGCGUUUGGUGAUCAAAUUGUCUCCGAUAUCAAGGAUCAAUUCAUUGAAAAGCUGAAGGUCACUGAGUGGAUGGAGAAGGAAGUGAUUGAGCUAGCCAUUUCAAAGGUCCAUAACAUUGUCCAAAAAAUUGGAUAUCCAGACAAGAGCCCCAAUAUUAUGGAUCCUGUGAGUUUGAAGAAAUACUACGACCCAGUCAAUAUUACUUCCUCGACGUACUUUGGCAAUGCAGUGUCGGUCAUCCGUGCCGAGCUCUCUCGUGAAUGGGCUGCCCUAGGCAAGCCUGUGGAUAGGAAUCAAUGGGAUAUGACCGUUCCGACUGUGAACGCAUACUACAACCCUCCUGGCAACGAAAUCGUUUUCCCGGCAGGGAUCAUGCAGUUCCCUGUCUUUGACGUCGAUGUCCCCCAAUAUCUCAGCUACGGCGCCUUCGGGUCCGUGUCUGGGCACGAGCUCUCUCACGCAUUCGAUUCCACCGGUCGCCAUUACGACCAGAACGGCAAUUUCACCGACUGGUGGACGGAAAAGACGGUCGAGAAUUUCAAGAAGCGCGCAGAGUGUUUCGUCGAGCAGUAUGCCAAUUUCACUGUGCCCGGGCCAGACGACAAACCGCUACACGUCAACGGCCGAUUGACUUUGGGAGAGAACAUCGCCGAUGCAGGAGGUCUAGCUGCGGCAUUUGCAGCGUGGAAGAAGCGUGCGGCGGAAAAGCCAAACCAGGACCUUCCCGGCCUGGAAUUCUUCACCCAGGAGCAGUUGUUCUUCGUCAACUAUGCCAAUUGGUGGUGCGGAAAGACAAGGAAGGAGACUGCCAUUCAGCGCAUCUACCUGGAUCCCCAUGCGCCAAAGUUUGCGAGGAUCCUGGGUACCAUGGCCAAUUCGAGGGACUUCAGGGAGAGCUUCCAGUGCGAGAAGAAAGAGCCCGUCUGUGAACUGUGGUGAGGGGUGAACGGGUUUGCGAGGCCCAAGCAGGCCUGUCUGCAUUGCAUCAAACGGCUGGCAUUGCGCUUUCAGUUGCCAUCAAAAUCUGGACGGACAGGAAAAGCACAUUUGGGCAAAAAGCUGGGCAUCAACGAGCAUAACCUCAUUGGAGUCUUUCUGUAGUGUUUGUCAGACAAUCAUUCUGUACCCACCGAUGUCCCGAUGGAUGUCAGUCGUUGGGGGCAUCGAAGCCCAAAUAGUUCCAUUUGCUUGUCAAAAGCGUUACUCCAGUAUUUCGUGGGGUUCAAGGAACUUGUUGCUAAUGACAAAUUGUUCGGG